CUUUGGUACACUUCGUUGACUGUGAAUGUAAAUAGCCGCUACAAAAUAUUAUGAAAGUAUAUACUAAGCAACCACUUACUUACACCGUGCAUCAUGUGAAGCCAUGAGAGCCACUGAUAUGGGGAAAACAAUCUUUUGUGAUUAGUUUGAACGUUGGCAAGAUUGCUUCAUUGCUUCAUAGAAAGUACCCCGUUCAAGAUUGGUCAAGAUUCGUAUUUUAUGAUAAUUCUUGAAAGCGUCAGUUUUUUUCUCGAUGUUAUCAAGAACAUUCACAAGUUGACAGUAUUAGCAGUGAAUCUUGAAGAUCGUUAAGUAUUAUGGAAACGUUACUGCCAUCAGAGAUAGCUCGAUUAGUUCUCGGGUACCUCGAAGACCAGAAAUGCGUCAAAGCUGCCAAAGUAUUUUUAGAGACAUCGCCACAUUUACAAGAAUGUCGGACUGUAAUUUCCAAUGGGAGACGUUUUAGUACUAGAGUUAGUGGAAUGUCAUUGGUGGACGUUGUGGAAAAAUUCUUUGUUAUAAAUGGAACAGUUCAAGAGCGUCUCAGCAAGAUCUCAGACUGUGAUCAGGUAAAACAUUGCGGGGAUUUGCUCGAACAAUUAAAAUUUCUUGUCGAAGAGACACGUGGCCAACGUUUUGUUGUUAACAUCAAUGUCCCUUCACAGGGAAAUUCUCAAAUAAGCAACGGGUCUCCAGCAAUAACUAGUGGCUGUCGCAAAAGGCGUCACAGUAAUAGCGAUCGCGAACGAUGUAAACGCACGAAAACAGGAUUGGACGCGUCCCAGCAACCAGAGUCGCCUUCUGCUCAAGUUUCAAGUUUCGACAGUGUAGAAGCAACCCCCUUAGAAAGUUUACCUGGUCACAUAGACACGCCCGAUCAAUCAGAAUACACUGCCGCAGUAAGGAGGAAAAAAAGCAAUAACCAACUAGGCGAUAAUCAAGAUGUCCAGAGUCUAGAAACAAACGCCGUCGCGGAUAAGGGAUGCAAAGAGGGCUCUGUAAAGAGUUCCUGCCCGUUUGAAAGAUGUAACACGGCCACAAGCACAGAAGAACUGCUAACUUUCACGUGCGCUGAAGUCCAGACCACCCCCUACGAUACACCCGAGUCAGAAUCAGAGUCCAAUGACGAACCUAUAGAAAAUCUAAGUUUACUGACAAAAGAGUUGCUGAAUCGCACAGAGCUACAAGAACGUAUCGCGGAUAAUAUUAACAAAGCAAUACUUCCUACGGACACGUCGUUGAAAGAUGAAUCUCUGAACGACUCCGUGCACUGCGAAGGAAACACGUCUGUUAUGAUCGAGUUGAAUAACGCUAUUAAGUCGAUAGUUGAAGCGACAGAGACUGAUCCUGUGUUUGAAAAGUUUCUCGAUGAAAUCAUUGGACCUCACACGAGCCUCGACGAGGAAAUCGAGAGUGCCAGGCCAAAAGCUAGAUGUCACAAUGAAUCGCCGCGAGAAAAACAAUUGUCUGACAUAAUCUCGACCAGCAUUAGCUCGCCAGAACCGCCUACGAUCUUGACUGGCGCAGCAGACGUGCCGUUGAAGCACAGACUUCGCAGUUCUUCUAGACAACAGAACACCAGAAUCGAAGACGAACAACGAGACCAAGAGAAAGAAUACAGCGCGUUGGACGAUCAAAACGCUGCUGCGGUGUUGAGUAUAAUAAGCGUUGCCAACACUGUCAACAGUGAAUCAGAUAAGGGGACAAUCGAGGUUCCAUGUUUGAUGGAGACAGAGAAUGAGAAGAAGUUACCAAGUUUCGAGCUUCCUUCGAACGAAGAUAAGUGUAUAGCGAAAUCGACAGCGAGCGUUAAUAAUCAAAGAUGCGAUAGUAAUGAUGUAGAGGUGAGUGUUUCAAGCAAUGAUACAGAAUUAAAAACGAGAAAAUCGUUGAUGAAGCGACCACGGCCCGCGAGAGCUAAACGCGAGUCGGAGAGUAACGUGGACAAUAAUACGCCUGACCAAGACACGGGGACGGUGCCAAUGUUGAUAAUGUGUUCAAAAGAAGAAGUAAGCAGUAUACCAACUAAGAAUACGACCAUAUCCACCACGAAUUCUCGUUUUGUCCCUAUCGUUCCCAAGGACAUAGUUGUGCCAGUUACCAUAGAGCAAACUAGUGACAAGUUAGCCCGAGAAACCUUGUUUUUAAAAGCUGUAAACGUUCCACAUAAAGUAGACCCAGCAGCUAUUCCUGAGAAUUCACAGGACGUAAUUUUUGAAGAGACAUUGAAGCCACGUCAGAAAAGGAAAAACAUCAAAGUAAACAAGCGAAAAACCACAACUGUUCAGAACUCAAUGGAUAGUUUAGCGAUUGGCGACUCGAUCGUCUGUCCCGUUGCAUCGACUGCUAACAAGCUGAUCACCGGUGAAUCGAUAACCCUUUACAGCAACGAAACUAACUCAAAAACGUUGCUAGAUGGUUCCAACAUGCCCACGAUAAAUGUGGAUGACAACGUUAGUCUGUCAGACACUGGAUUGUCUCCGUACAUAAAAUUCAGUUGCGGGAAAGGUAACCAAAGCCACAGUCUAUCGGAUAUCGACCUGACGCCCAUCGUGCAGGACCCACAAUUUGCCCUGCCGUUGGAAAUCAUCCUCGACGACCAGAGUCCUUCAACCUCGAAGACCACCGAUCGCAAUCUCAUUAACAAACGUACUCCGAGAUCUCUGUUGAAAAGCAGGUCGAAGAAUCAUAGAUUAAGUCUAUCGACGCCUAGGAGGCGAAGCAGCAGCCAUGUGAGGGCACUGGACUUUAACACUCCGACAAAGAGAACUAAUGUGUCCAUGAGUGAGAACGAGAACACGAAUUUUUCGCCUAAAUCCAUGAGACUCGUUAAACAGACUGUGCGCAGGACUUCACUCUUCAAGUCUCCACCGUUUACUAAUACUGCGAUGUCUACGCAUAAACUCAAAAGAAACUCCCCAAAAACAUGUAGACCCGCAAGACCUCCCGUAGCAACGAGGGGCCCCAUGCCAAAGCUUAUCGGUGGCUGGGAUAAAUACAACGGUAUGGGAGUCAUUAUUGGUGACACUUCCCCGCAGAAGACCCACGUGACUUCCUCUGUUGAAGAUACAACUCGAUCGAAAUCACCGAAACUCGCUAAAAACGCUUGGGACGCGGACUUGAGAAAAGCUUUAGAAACCACCGUGAAGGUGGGAUGUCAGAGGAAAAAGACUGAAUCCAAGGAUAAGACUGUGUCGAGAAAGGACAAGUGCAAUUUGCGUGUACCAAAAGCGAGGAAGCAAGGAAAUUCAAAGAUCAGCGAAGAACAGAAAGCGACGACGGAGUUGAAAGCCAAAGAGGAUGGGAAAGAUACAAAAGUAGCUAGCUUAGAAAGUGAAAAAAGAUUGUCGGUUGGGCAACUUGUUAAUAGUAAGUCUGAUGAUCCUCGAAAAGACAAUGUUCUGCAGGCCUGUGGUGAAACGAAAAAUAUUCCUGAGCAACGGACCACUGACAAGUUAGUUUUAGAGGCGAGUCAGCAGAUUGCAACAUCAACACCAAUAGUAACCAAUAGUAACAACGAUAACUCUGUAGUUGAAAAGAAGACGGUGAAGAAAUAUGCACAGUUGAAAACGUUGAAGACUAAUUUAAAUAAAUCUAAUACUGAAAAGAAACAGAGUUCAGGGGGUAACGUAAUCUCUACAGAUAUCUCCCAGUGUUUAGAAUUCGCUAAAGUUUCUGGAGACAUUUCGCGACAGAUGUCUCUCUUGAUACCAGAGUUGAUAAAUCUGGAGGAAACGCCAAAGAAGUUUGAAACUUCCUGUGGCAUUCCUCCGACUCCAAGACUACUAAGCCCUAGCAGUCACACGACGCCAUUCGUAAAGAUUAGCGAGGAGUCCAGCAAGCUGCGUUGCUUCAUCAACACGCCAGAAUUUCCGACUACACCUUGCAUAGCAUUAACACCGAAACACUCUGAGGAAACUAUCAGUGACGCGAAGAAGGAUGCGUUCAACACCUGUUCUCCUUACUACAAGCCUACUUCAGAGAAAAAUGAAAGUUCCGUCGAGAAAUUAUCAAAGUCCGAAGCUGGUAACGGUUUGCAAAAUUUAUCCACAUCGCCUACGCAAGUUAAACAAUGCAUUCCUCAGAAUAUCAUCAGCUCAACGAAUACGUUUCAGACUUGCGUGUCUGCGAAAUUGGAGAUAACGCAAUUCGAGGUGAUCAAGGAGAAUCUGCCAAAGGAGGACGCAGUGAAGGAACUGAAAAUAUCAGCCAGUUCUCGAGAUGCAACGCGUUUCGCCAAGCUGAAGACCGAUCGCGUUAAAGAUAGUCUUGCAGAGGCUAUAUGUGCAAUAACAGAUAAGAAUAAAUCUUUGUAUAACAGCGACAGGUCGAACGACAGUGAUACGUCGUCUUCUUCUUCUUCUGCUUCUUCUUCUUCUUCUUCUUCUUCUUCUUCUUCUUCUUCUUCUUCUUCGUCAUCGUCGUCCUUCUCCUCUUCCUCUUCUUCGUCGUCCAAUAAGUUGAACACAGGAAACUCAACAGAGAAGAUGUCUCAUGGUAAAAAGUGCAAUACAGUUUCUAAUCAAAUAUAUACGGACUCGAGCACCGAUUCAGCUCGAAAGGAUGCAGACAAGAAUACUGCAGUGGCAAUAAUCGCAGGGAAUAAUUGUUUAGAGUUACAAGUAAAGACAGUGGACACAGUAUGCGCGAAUCGGACAGAGGAAGCAAUUACUGCUUUAAACAAGUGCGAAUCAUCACCGUUGAAGGUGUUCUCGUUAACAAAGAACGACGAGGAACUAAAUGCCAACGCAACAGAAACUCCCGCCAAAGACGAUGCUUUGUUGAACGAGGCAGACAUUUCAGAGACCCCUAACAGCUCCAAAACUGGCGUCGAGAGUUUGACUAAUCUCUCUUCGAAAAUUGCAGCAUUUAUAAGCUCAGAAGAUCAAAAAUUGUUGGAAAAAUAUAAGGACUUGUUCGUGAAAAAUUCCACGGCGAAGAAAACAAAGCAAAAUCCAAAGACGGUGGGCAUAAAACGGUUGAAACCAAAUUCUUCGGUUGGCUCCAAGUCUGACAAGUGUGUCAAGAAGAAGGAAGAGAAGUCUAAGGUUGAAAAACUAUCCUCGCAAUUGGAAGAGAAGCGUCAACGUGUGAUUGCCAAGUUUAGAGAAAAUCUAAAGUCUAAUGUAACUUAUGGGAAAAAAUGUGCGAUUUUAAAGGAUCGAAGUAGUGCUAAUUCGAGGAGAAAGUAUAAUCAGCGGAACGAGGAUCAGGCUAGCGGUAGACGGAAGAGGAAAGAAAAGAAGGAUACAGAGGUGUCUAAUAAUAAUAAUAAUAAUAAUAAUAAUAAUGAUGAUGAUGAUGAUGAUGAUGAUGAUGAUACUGACACGCUAGUAAAGAAUUCAUCCAGCGAUAGCGUAGGUAAAACUUUGAAAACACAGAAUAAAGAGCAUCCUGUAGCUUCGACUAGUGUCAGUGGUCAUAACGAAAGAAAUUGUAACGAGGGGUUUGCAUGGAACGAAACCUCGACGAUAAAAACUACGAAACACGCGGAUGUCGAGACUAAAAGUAACUUCAAUAAAGUUAUCAUUAUUGAAGACGUCGCGAACAACGUUGAAAUCAAUCAAACUCGAAAGAAGAGUUCAGACGAUUUCGAUCCAGAAAAUAAAGUGUCCAUUUCAAAUAACACGGAGGAGGAAAUCUCAGCACAACCUGAAGGAAGCAUGCAUGACUCUAAAGAACAUAGUUUGGAUACGAGGGAACCUGAAAACUAUGAACAGAUAAACGUAAUUGUUUCGCAGGAAAGUAAAUCUGAGGCGAUAAACAACGAACAUAAUUACAACGAGAAAAAUGUGCGCAAGGUAAAGGAGUACCCGAGUCACGGUGGUAAAACAAGCAAUAUAAUGAAAUCGAAGGUUGACCAAGUGAAACGAGACUUGUUCAGUGAUGAAGAAAAUGAUCAUAAAGCAUCCAAUAACAUAAAGAGUCUGCCUCGUCAGGAAAAUAACGAAGUAAUUCAUAAACCUCGAGUACCCGGUACUUUUAAAUCGUCUACAGAAAAUGUGGACUCGGAGAAUCCCAAGAAUUUAUCGCGUGUCCUUCAGUCGUUGCAGUUGAUCCCCACGUGCAAAAACGAUCAUACUAGAUUGCCUGAAUACGGACACGAGGAUAACUGUGGAUCGUCUGAUCUCAACGCGACUUCUACGCCCAACUCGGUCGAGUAUCAUUUCCUUUACGACGACAAUGCACCCACGAAGAAGAGGAGGCGAAGAUUCAGUAGUCACGAGUUGGAAUUUCAGAUUAACAUCGUUCUGAACGAUCAAGGCUGCGAAGAAUGCAUUAAAGUAAUGACUGCCACCGAUUACGAAGAGAUAUUUAAUCUUCCGUCGAAAUCUAGAAAUAAACCUGUGAACAGGAAGUCCCCUGUAAAGAAUGAAAACAGUGAAUCAUCCGACAAAGGGUUUCUUAGUAGUUUAACGAUGAAAAAUAUACAAACUAAGCCUUUAAUCACGUCAACCCCUCUCGAGAAGACACUUGCACAUAAGGUGAAGAAAGGUGCUGUUAAAACUUCCGCGAUAAAUGAGAAAAACAAUGAGAUGCAACCUGAUAGUAGAAAGAAAUCCAAGGUGGACAAAGCAGUUCGAGAAAACGAUAAAGAUACUUAUAUCGGAAAAAUUUCGAAAAGGAAAUUGUCGGAGACGAAAGAAAGUAAGCAGAUCGAGAAACGACAGUAUACAACGGAUCCGCAGAAAUUACUGAGCAACUUGGAUCUAGAUAAGUUUUUAACGUCCGUUCACGGACCAGCGUAAGCACAAAGUGCAGCUUUCGAACGUUGUACAAAACUAACUGAUGUACAGUAGCGUUAUUUAUCUAUCGUGCGAAUCGUUGUUUUUUUUUCUUUUGAGAAAUCACUUUGCCUCGAACAGAACCGGUUUUUUAUAUGUAGAGUAUUAGAGGUUUUAGAAUUAAUAAUAAAAGUUGACCUUUGUGAUGUGGAAUUUAAAAUGUAAAAAGAAACAAAAUUGAUGAAGA